UUCUACUCCCAAAACAGCCAGUGUAUCAGAAAAGCAUAGCCUAUACACAGCAGAAUUACUAACAGUACCCUCUGAUUCAGAGAGCCCUAUUAGAAUGAAAUUUACCAGAAUUAGUACUCCCAAAAAAACUAAGAAAAAAUAUAAUAAAAAGUCUAAGAAAUCAGAGGCAACUGGUAGAGAUUUUACUUCUCAAAAUAGAAAGGCAAGCAAAACUCAAAAAAAUAUAUCAAAAGCAAAACAAUUGAUCGAAAAAGCAAAAGCUUUACACAUCUGUAGGUCAAAGGCUACUGAAGAAACAGUGAUACCUUUAAGGCGUUCCUCUAGACAUCAGAGGCUUCCUGAAGGAGAGAAACCACCAAAAACAGAAGAUGUUAUAAUAAUAGAUUCAAGUCCUACUUCUUUAAAGACAUCAGAGAAAAAUCAGAAGAAACUUCAGUGUUUGAACGAUGUGCUAGGAAAAAAGCUUGACAAGUCUCCUAAAAAUGUACCUGGAAAAAUGAAAGUUGCCCCUUUAUUUAUUGCCAGAAAGGUUCCCAAAACAGCUGAUCCUGACGUUGGUUUGGAAGAGAGCAGUCAAGAUACAUCUGAGAAAUCUCAGGACUGUGAUGUACAAUUUAAAGCAAAGCGUGAUUUUCUAAUGAGUGGUUUGCCAGAUUUGUUGAAAUGACAAAUUGCAAAGAAAGCUGCUGUUCUGGAUGUGUACAAUUCAUUGAGUACCAGUUUCCAGAAAAUUGUUCAUAUACAACAAAAAGAUGAUGGGUGUUGGUUAUGGAAUUUGAAACUACCUUCUUGUCCUCUGUUAACUACAUUUAAGGAGUCUAAUACUAAAGUAAUAGAUCUCUCAAAAUGUGUUAUUGCUCUUGGUGAAUUUUCAACAUUGAAUUCAAAUUCAAAAAGUAAUUCUGCUGUCAUGCUUAUAAGGACAAGGAAGAAUUUUACUAAAGAAGUAAGAAAUCUUUUGCUAGAAGAAAUUAGGUGGUCAAAUCCUGAAUUUUCUGUGGGAAAAUAUUUUCCCUUGCUUCUAAAAAAACAAAUUGAGCACCAGGCACUUUCUGAGUAUCAUGGUAAACAAGAAAAUCCACAAGUAGAGCUUGAUAACAAUCAAAAAGAAAGCAAAAGGAAACGAGUGGAAAUAGAAAAUCAGAAGUCAAAAAGAAAGAAACCAAAUGAAUAUUCAGUAAGUCCAGUAAAGAUAAAUGGGAAGCCAGAAGAACUUGACAAAAGAAACAACUCUUUUGAGAAAAAGCUAGGUUCUUCCAAAGGUAUAUUUUCUAAAAUGUCUCGGAAGAAACAAACUGCUUUGAGUACACCACGUAAAGUGAAAACAGGAGCAGUAGAAGAUAAUGAUAUUCUGAUCAUAGAUGGUGACAGAGAGUUUCCAGCAGAAAUAUCUUCCAUUUCUGAUUCUGGAACUGAAGACAUGCUUUGGACAGAAAAGUAUCAACCUCAAAAUGCCAGUGAACUCAUAGGCAAUGAGUUAGCUAUAAAAAAGUUACAUAGUUGGUUGAAAGACUGGAAGAGAAGAGCUGAACUGGAAGAAAGACAGAAUUUGAAGGGAAAAAGAGAGGAGAAACAGGAAGAUUUGUCAGAUAGCAAAGACUUUAAAGGCAGUUCAGAUGAUGAGGAAGAGAGUUGUCUUUGCAAUACUGUUCUUAUAACAGGGCCAACAGGAGUGGGAAAAACUGCUGCAGUGUAUGCUUGUGCUCAGGAGCUUGGAUUCAAGAUAUUUGAAGUAAAUGCCUCUUCCCAGCGCAGUGGUAGACAGAUUCUGUCUCAGCUGAAGGAAGCUACUCAGUCCCAUCAAGUAGACAAGCAAGGUGUAAACUCACAAAAACCCUGCUUUUUUAAUAGCUACAACAUAGGCAAGUCACCAGAAAAAUUAAACUCUCCUAAGAAAGUUGUUACUUCACCAAGGAAACUUCCUCCAUCAUCACCAAAAAGUAAUGGGCAGAAGCGAGGAAUUACCCCUAAAACUUUGGCAAAUUACUUUAAAGUAUCUUCCAAGUCCAAAAAUAAUGAAGAAAUAGGAGAACUUCUGGAAAGUAAUAAAGGAAUUAAAAAUUCUUUGGAACAGAAGCAAAUUACUCAGACUAAAUCUGCAAGUGUACAUAAUUCAAACGUCAAAGAAUUUGGAGCUGAAGAACCCAACAGGAAAAAUGCAAUAUCUCUUAUUCUUUUUGAGGAGGUUGAUGUCGUUUUUGAUGAAGAUUCUGGUUUUUUGAAUGCAAUCAAAACAUUCAUGGCAACAAUGAAAUGACCUGUAAUCCUUACUACAAGUGAUCCAACAUUUAGUUUACUGUUUGAUGGCUGCUUUGAAGAAAUCAAUUUCCGUACUCCUUCUCUGCUAAAUGUUGCCACCUACCUACAAAUGAUAUGUUUAACUGAAAAUUUCAGAACUGAUGUAAAAGACUUUGUAACCUUGUUAACUGCAAAUGGCUGUGAUAUCAGAAAAAGUAUCCUUUACCUACAAUUUUGGAUUAGAAGUGGAGGUGGAUUUUUAGAAGAAAGGCCAUUAUCUCAUUGUCGAGGAAGUAGCAGAAAUGAACAACUACCUUGCUCUGAAGAUGGCCCUGCUUCCAAAAAUAACACUAGAAAUACCAAAAGCAAUCAUGUGGACCUUCCCAAAUGUGACACUGGCUGUGUUGAGACCUUGUUUGGACUCAAGAACAUUUUUUCCCCAUCUGAAGACUUAUUUUCAUUUUUAAAGCACAAAAUCACUACAAAGGAAGAAUGGCAUAAACUCAUCCAGCUUCUUACAGAAUUCCACAUGCAGGAUGUAGAUUUUUUAUAUAGCAAUCUUGAGUUUAUUCUACCAUUACCAGUUGAUAUCAUUCCAGAAUCAAAAACCAUUUGUGGCUUAUCAAUAAAUGUGGAUGCCAGUGCAGCAAUGAGCAUGAAGUGUCUUGCUAGGAAAUGUACUGAAGGAGAGCGGCCAUUGAAUAAGUCACAGAAAAAGAAACAUAAGAAAAAGAUAGUGACACUAGAUGAUAGUGAUUUAUUUGACAAUGACUUGGACUUUUCUGAAUUUAUUAACCUAUCACCUGCAUCUUCCUCAAAUUUAGAAGAAAACAAGACCAGAGACAGCAGUUCAGGGACAAAGAACCUGAACAAUAGUUUAGAGUCUAGCAUUGAAUCUAUUCCUCAUCCUCCUAAAACACCAGCGGGGAAAAAAAGUUCUGUCCUUGUCUCUCAUUGUUUAAAUUCUCUCACUGAGUUUAUGGAUAACAUGUCCUUCCUGGAUGCCCUUUUAACUGAUAUAAAGGAACAGAAGGAACUUGGGAAAAAUGACUUUCGUUGGACAGAUGGAAUGGUUAAAAGUGGACUUUGUGAUGAGUUUAGUCUUGAGAGUAAUGAUGGAUGGACUUCUCAAAGCUCUAGAGAACUAAAGGCAACUGCAGAAGCUCUUACCUUUACUAAAUGUUCUUCUACUAUUUCAAAAGCAUUGGAAUCCUCCUUGAAUUCUUGCAAGAAAUUAGGAAGAGAUCCAACCAAGGAUCUUACUUUUAGUGUUUCACAAAAGCACAAUAAUGUAUGCUUUAGUCAGUCAGCAACUGAUUUAGACAGUGCUUGGAAGAGGAUAUCAGUCAUUAAAAGUGUGUUUUCUAGUCGAUCUCUUCUGAACCUGGGUAAUAGACAAGCUAGUGUAAUUGAAUACCUGCCAGUUCUCCGCAACAUCUGUAGGAUUGAGAAGCUGAAAGAACAAGGAAAAAGUAAAAGAAGGUUUCUGCACUAUUUUGAAGGAAUUCAUCUUGACAUUCCAAAAGAGACUGUGAAUACUUUGGCAGCUGAAUUCCCUUAAUAUUCUCCAUUAAUAAUGUCUUGUACAGAUUAUGUGGUCCUUUAGAUGCAUUUUUGUAUUAUGUUGAUUUUCAUGGAAGAGUUUAUUUCUCUUAACGUACAUUUAAAACAGACUAUUUGUAUUUUUUUAUUGUGCAAAUAUUUAAAGUGAAAAAGUUGGAUUAUAAAUUGUAUAUAUGAUCAUAGUUUUUUUCUGCAUUUUUGUAUAAUCUAGUUUUGCUUUGUUGAUGUUGUUUUGUAUGUGACUGAGCUGUUUAUUGGAAGUAGAGUUCACUAAGACAUUUCUCAAGAUGUUUCAAUACAAAACUAAUCUAUCAUCUUUCCCUUUCCUGUUACCUGUAAUCCAUCCCUUUACAAGUGUCAGUGUUCUGUCAAGUUGUAAAUAUGAAGCAC